CAGAUUGCUGCUCAGCCAUACACUGGCCAACAUGGUCCAACGAUUCACUGAAUUGCAGCAUGACCCAUUGACCAUAGGGAAUCCGGAAGAGUAGUGCAUCAGGGACUGCAGCGAGACAACAGAGGCAUCUGGAGGAGCAGUGAGGAUGAGGAUCGGCUGGCAAAGUGAGGAACCAAUGAUGUCCAGGCAUCGAACUUUACAGAGGAAGAUUGAGCUGGAAGAAGACCUGGCGUCUGGACCAGAUGAAGAAGAAAAGGAAAGACAACAGAGAAGACGUCUCCUUCAAUGCACUCUCACCUGGAUGGUUAGAUUCUACCUUACCUUUUACAGCUGCUUGCAGUGGUGAACUGGAACAACACACAGAACGGAGAGGUGUCAUUUACAGUCCCGCGUGGCCUCUGAACUAUCCCCCUACCAUGAACUGCAGCUGGUUUAUCCAAGGAGACCACGGAGAUGUCAUAACAAUUAGUUUUAAAAAUUUUGAUAUUCAAGAUUCUCACAAGUGCACAAUUGACUGGUUACUGAUCGGCCCUUCUUCGAAAAGAGAAGGAUACAAAGUCUGCGGAUCUACUAUUCCUCCGGCCUUCAUUUCAUUGCGGGAUCAUGUUUGGAUGUUCUUUCAUUCAGAUCCUUUGAGUUCAGGGCAGUCUCAGGGAUUCCGCCUGUCAUAUAUUAGAGGAAAAAUGGGGCUAACGUCCUGUCCUACCGAUGAAUUUCUUUGUGGGAAUGGGAAGUGUAUCCCAAACACCUGGAAGUGCAAUUCUGUGGAUGAAUGUGGCGAUAACUCAGAUGAACAAAAUUGUACGAAUCCUUCUACUGAGAUAAGGACCAGCUUGUGUCCUGCAGGAACUUUUUCUUGCAACAUGGCUCAUUCCACACAAUGCAUGUCUAAUGAAUUGAGGUGCAAUUCAGUAAAAGACUGUAUGACUGGCUCCGAUGAAGAAAAUUGUCCCGAACUUACAUGUGGUGGUAAGCUCAGCAACUUCUAUGGCUCCUUUGCUUCACCUGAUUUUUUCCGCCCAGAUCACAGCCGGUCAGAUCUUCGGUGUAUUUGGUACAUUGACACCCAAGACAAUCGUCAUGUCAUUCUUCAGAUUGACUUACUGUUGGGCUAUAGUGAUUUUGUGAAAGUAUAUGAAGGAAUUGGUGAGAGGAGUGAUAAACUCUUGCAAACCCUCUCAUUUCGCAACAACCGCCAUGCUGUCAGUGCUGAGUCUGCCAAUGGCCAGCUCACCUUGUCAUACCAUGCACGCCCAAAAAGCAUGGGCCAUGGUUUUAAUGCCACUUACCAGGUCAAAGGUUACUGCUUGCCCUGGGAGCAGCCCUGUGGAAUUGAUGACAUUUGUUACUCUGAACGACAAACUUGUGAUGGUUGGUGGCAUUGCCCUAAUGGCAAAGAUGAAGAGAACUGUAAACCUUGUCAAAGUAAUGAAUAUCCUUGUGAAGGAGGCAGCGGACUCUGCUACUCCUACCUUGACCGCUGCAACAACCAGAAAAACUGCCCAGAUGGCUCAGAUGAAAAAAACUGCUUCACUUGCCAACCUGGGAAUUUUCACUGUGGAACCAACCUCUGUAUUUUUGAAACAUGGCGGUGUGAUGGCCAAGAAGAUUGCCAGGAUGGAAGUGAUGAACAAAACUGCUUGGUGAUUGUACCUAGAAAAGUCAUCACAGCUGCUCUUAUAGGCAGCUUGGUGUGUGGUCUACUCUUGGUCAUCGCCUUGGGUUGCGCCUUCAAGCUAUAUUCCCUUAGAAGCCGGGAGUACAGGGCAUUUGAAACACAAAUGACCCGCUUAGAGGCGGAGUUUGUGAGACGAGAGGCUCCUCCUUCUUAUGGGCAGCUCAUUGCACAGGGACUCAUUCCUCCUGUUGAAGACUUUCCAGCCGUCAGUGACUCUCAAGUUUCGAUGCUACAAAAUAUUCGUACAGCAAUGCGCCGACAAAUGAGGAGACAUUCGUCAAGAAGGGCUUCCUCCAGAAGACGUUUGGGAAGACUUUGGAAUAGAUUAUUCCAUCGUCCACGUGCAAGGGGACAAAUCCCUCUCUUGACCUCAUCUCUCCUAUCACAGGUUCAGUCUGACGAGACAGACAUUGGCAGAAGUGAAGACACCUGGCCAAAUGCUUUGACCCCUCCAGAGACAUUGAACAUACAAACUCAAACUUCCAGUGAAGAGGGAGAAAGUUCUGAUUUUGUUGAUGACCAUUUGCAUCAUGAACCUGGGGUUGCAGAGCAGCUUCUGUUAAAUGUUCUGCCACAGACUUGCUCUGAUGCACAAAUACAGCUGGAGACAGAAUUGUCUUCUGCAUUGUCAGACUCAGAAAAUUCUUGCCACAGUUAUUUUAAUCCAGCUGUAAGGGAAGACACAGGAGUAACUCUUGGAGAGACAUCUUCGGCUGAACACUUGGACGAUUUUUAUCUGGUGCCUGUAACGGAAAGGACUUCUGCUGGUCUAAGCAGCACAACUCAUAGCCAUAAACAUAACAAGGACCCAUUACAAUUGCCUUUAAAAAACUCUGGCCACUAUGACAGCUCAACGAAUGUCCAAAUUCAGGUGAAUGAGCAGCCACGUAGCUGUGCAUCUUCUUGCCAUGAAGAGCCUUUGGGGGUACAUGACCAUUAUAAACACUCAGUGGUGGUGCCAACGCCACAGACCUCUCAUCCCCUUUCAGAAAGCAGCAUUAGUGAUGAUGAAUCCUUAAUAAUUUGCUAAUUACAUUGCUUUCUAUCAGUGGCUUAAUUUAUUUUUUACACUUUUUUGAAAAGACCAUAUUUCAGCAUGAACCAUAUAUUUUUAUAUCAUACAUGUCCAAAACCCAUGUAAUGAUUUUUGUGUUAAUCUAGAGCAGUAAGCCUGUGACUGCUAUAUGUUGAAUAACUUCAGCUCCCAGUUGGUUUGCUGAUAAAGUUUUGUAGGAAAUGAAUAGUCACAUGUUGGUGCACACUGCGCUAGAGGUUUCCCCAGAGAGGCAUUGAGUAGAAUGGUACCUAGUGGAAAAGUCGUUUUCACAUAAAAUUUUAUACCUCAUUAGAUGAUGAUGAUGGUUUUUGCAUCUUACCCAGGGUCACUUUAUGUUUAUUGGUAUUUGGAAGGAAAGAAAUCUGCUAAAAAUUGUGAAUUUACCUAUUUGCCUGAUGAAAAAACAAAGAUGUUGCAUAAAUAAUGGCUAAAUUGUACCCAAAUUAUUUAGACAUAGAGAUUUGAACUGAUAACCCACAAGAGACUAGAAGUAGUCAAUGAUAUGUCCAUAGGGACAAUGCAACCAAUAGCAUAUGUGUUACCACUCACCAUUGUUGGGUACCUUGGUAUCUUCUGUCCUUCUUGUGGUUUGGAAGUUGCUGUAAUUAAGAUGCAUCAUGCUGAAACAUGUGUCUGUUGCAAUGGUUGCCAUUGACUUCAAUGACAAAAAAGCAUGUAAAACCACAUUAUGUGAUACCCCAAAAUUUAAAACAAAAAAACUGCCAACAAAAUUGUGGGUGCAUCUAACCUAAACACCUGACAAUGUGUAGCCAAAAAUAAUUCCACAACUUCUAUGGGAAAUGUUUGUGUUGAUUUUUUUUAUUUUAACCUAUUUUACUGUGAAAUUCCAAAUGAAUCAGAUAUCUUUCAAGGACUGAAAAGCAGUCAAAGAAUGACAAGUCCAUGGCAGCAGUGACUGGGUAGAGUGUGCAGAUCCCAAUUUCCUUAUAGACACAGGAGGCAAGAGCCUUGAGUUGGAAGGGUGUCUGCUUGGUAACAGGAUGAAUACAAGGCAUAAUAAGGUACUACAUAGAAUUGCAUGUCAAAUUGUUCUACUGUAUGAGAGCUGGAGCCACAAGUGGAUUCCCUUCAAAAAUCGCUUCAACAAGUAUGUCUUUCUUUGCAUUAUUGAUUUACACUGCUCAAAAAAAUAAAAGGAAACACUAAGAUAACACGUCCUAGAUCUGAAUGAAUGAUCUAAUUGUAUGAAAUACUUUCGUCUUCACAUAGUUGAAUGUGCUGACAAAUCGUAUGAAAUACUUUCGUCUUCACAUAGUUGAAUGUGCUGACAACAAAAUCACACAAAAAGUAUCAAUGGAAAUCAAAUGUAUCAGCCCAUGGAGGUCUGGAUAUGGAGUCACACUCAAAAUCAAAGUGGAAAACCACACUACAGGCUGAUCCAACUUUGAUGUAAUGUCCUUAAAACAAGUCAUAAUGAAGCUCAGUAGUGUGUGUGGCCUACACAUGCCCGUAUGACCUCCCUACAAUGCCUGGGCAUGCUCCUGAUGAGGUGGUGGAUGGUUUCCUGAGGGAUGUCCUCCCUGACCUGGACUAAAGUAUCUGCCAACUCCCGGACAGUCUGCGGGGUAACGUGGAUGGAGCGAGACAUGAUGUCCCAGAUGUGCUCAAUCGGAUUCAGGUCUGGGGAACGGGCGGGCCAAUCCAUAGCAUCAAUGCCUUCCUCUUGCAGGAACUGCUGACACACUUCAGCCACAUAAGGUCUAGCAUUGUCUUGCAUUAGGAGGACCCAGGGCCAAACGCACCGGCAUAUGGUCUCACAAGGGGUCUGAGGAUCUCAUCUCAGGACCAAAUGGCAGUCAGACUACCUCUGGCAAGCACAUGGAGGGCUGUGUGGCCCCUCAAAGAAAUGCCACCCUACACCAUUACUGACCCCCAGCCAAACCGGUCAUGCUGGAAGACGUUGCGGGCAGCAGAACGUUCUCCACGGUGUCUCCAGACUCUGUCACGUCUGUCACAUGUGCUCAGUGUGAACCUGCUUUCAUCUGUGAAGAGCACAGGGCGCCAGUGACGAAUUUGCCAAUCUUGGUGUUCUCUGGCAAAUGCCAAACAUCCUGAGGUGUUGGGCUGUAAGCACAACCCCCUCCUGUGGACAUCGGCCCUCAUACCACCCUCAUACCACCCUCAUUUAGUCUGUUUCUGACCAUUUGAGUGCAUAUUUGUGGCCUGCUGGAGGUCAUUUUGCAGUGCUCUGGCAGUGCUCCUCCUCUCCUACUUGCACAUAGGCGGAGGUAGCGGUCCUGCUGCUGGGUUGUUGCCCUCCUACAGCCUCCUCCACAUCUCCUGAUGUAAUGGCCUGUCUCCUGGUAGCGCCUCCAUGCUCUGGACACUAUACUGACAGACACAGCAAACCUUGCCACAGCUCGCAUUGAUGUGCCAUCUUGAAUGAGCUGAGCUGCACUACCUGAGCCACUUGUGUGGGUUGUAGAUUCCGUCUCAUGCUGCCACUAGAGUGAAAGCAUUGCCAGCAUUCAAAAGUGACCAAAACAUCAGCCAGGAAGCAUAGGAACUGAGAAGUGGUCUGUGGUCACCACCUGCAGAACCACUCCUUUAUUGGGGUGUCUUGCUAAUUGCCUAUAAUUUCCAUCUGUUGUCUGUUCAAUUUGCACAACAGCAUGUGAAAUUUAUUGUCAAUCAGUGUUGCUCCCUGAGUGGACAGUGUGAUUUCACAGAAGUGUGAGUGACUUGGAGUUACAAUGUGUUAUCUUAGUGUUCCCUUAAUUUUUUUGAGCAGUGUAUUUAAUGGAGUCUAAAUUUCAAUACCGUUUUUAUUCUUCAAUAAAUGGUUGGCCAAUACAUGUCACGAUCAUGGGCUAUCCCUAAUGCACCAAAUCUGAGAUAUAAACUGGUACUACAAAUGUGAGGUGUAUGUAUGUGAGAUGUAUGUACUUUAUGAUCUCCUAUAAUGUUACCAAGUUUUGAUAUUUUGUUGUUUUUAAAUUAUAUUUAUUUAUAUGUUUGAAAAUAUAUGAAAAGAAAUCUAGGUAUGAAGUUUUUUAAUAAUUUUGUUUUUCAUCCUCUAUACUGUUGUUGGUCAUAAAGGCCAUAAACAGGUUUCUUUUACUAUCAAAUGAAGGUAGUGAUACAUUGGGGCAUAGAGAUAACUGCUUAUAUAUCAUUGACCACAAUAAAUUAGUGUAAUACAUGUUCGUAUUGGAUCCUCUAGUGCAAGGAACACUCUUUAAAGGGGUACUCCUACCCUAGACAUCACACCCCCUCCCAUAGGCAUUGAGGGAAUGGGCGUGACGUCAUACGGGGGCGGAGUCCUGACGUCACGGACUUCCGUUUCUGUAGUCGCGACUAAGACCCUCCAGCGCUUCCGCACAAAAAACAGGUGGGUGCCGCAUGCAAUACUGCGAGGGUCCCCAGCGGCGGGACCCCCGAGAUCAGACAUCUUAUCCCCUAUCCUUUGGAUAGGGGAUAAGAUGUCUAGGGUGGGAGUACCCCUUUAAAGCCAUCCUCUGCUCUGGUUAUUAGCAAAGAAUACCACUGGGUGUGUGUGCAGCCUGCACAACAGCAGGGGCAGCUCACUGCCACUUCAUAAGUAGCAUCCUACUGGUAGUGAGCUGUGAUUUUUUGUUAUAGGAAAACCAGAUACUUUCUGUCCACCAGUAAUUCUGGCCCAUUAUCUAAUUUGCUGUGAGACAUAUUUUUAUUAACCAUUUGCACCAGAAAUUGGAGGCAAUUGUGUUCCACAUUAUCCACAUUAUUUUGUAAAAGUGGACUAAUAAGUGGGCAUGGUUUGCUGCCUGACUAGGGUUUAGACACAUUUAUGAAAUGUUUAAGAUCACAAAAUUUGUGCAAAUCAGAAGAGCCACACCUGAACUGUAAUAAUGCAUGUUAUGGCAGAUGUAUUACAGAACUUGCAGUCAUAAAUGUGUCACCACGUAUAUCAAAGGUCUAGCUGAAAAGGUGUUUUCUGAUGUCUGCCUCAGUUCUGAAAUCACCAAAAACUCAUUUCUUUCAGCCAGUGUCAGAAAUCACUACUUCCUUGUUGAGCAGCAGCUGUUCAAUAUAACAACUCCCAGUAUGCAUUGCUUUUAAUCAGUGCCUUGCUUACAGCUGCUACAGAUAGUUUCUCAUAGACCAUUGACCAUUUUUCGAAAAUGUCAGGACCAUUCCCCCUUUAUGGCGGUCACAUCCCCUUUUCCCAAUGACCACGCGCCCUUUUAGGGUUGUCUGAGUAAAAUGGAGAGUUGACUGGGUUGGUUGGAUUUUUUGGUCGCAAAUUCUGCCACACGAAGCACGCGACACAAUUUGGGGUAAAACCCGAGAAAAACUGUCAGGAUUACUUUAGUAAAUUACCCCCAGUAUCUGCAGCGUAUACAGCAUGUGUAAACAUACCGUAAACAUGAACUUACACAUGACAAGUUAGUCGCAGACAUUUCUACAACUGUUCCAUCAGAAAUUUUCAUAUUCAGAUAAAGGGAACUGUUUUUGAGUUGCAGAAAUUUCUAAUACAAAUCUGCCAUAUGUGAGCACACCAUUACAAAGUCUGUCAUCCAGCAGCUGCUGUAUUCAUCUACCUGUCUGCUCCACCGGCCUGUAGCAGUGUCCAGCACAAGGCGGCAUGGUGUAAACACAUUUCAUUCUCCCCUAAAUGUCCCAAAAAAGUUUUAUCCCUCCUUCCCUCCCACUUAUCUAUAUAUGGCAGGGCUGGGAAGAAAUGGUGACUAGAGCUUUAGGGGCCAGUGAAAGGUAUUGAUAUUACCUAUGGGGCAUGGCUUUAGCUCAGAGACAAGUUCCAACAAUGCCUCCUAUGCUAGCAGAGGAUUAUGUGUUGCCUUGGGAGGGAGGAGCCAGGGAGCUGCUGAGACAACACCACACUGACAAUGAAAGGACUAUACAACUUCAUGUUAGGGGUAAGUCAGGCAAAACAUGUUUAAACCAAUGCAAUUUGUGAUAACACUAUAUUAGAAAGUUACAUGUGUUUGGGUAGUAGUUCUAUAUAAAUAUAAUUUUCUGAUACUGGAAUACCCCUUUAACCUGUUAAGGACCAAGGGUGUAAACUUACGCUCCUAGUCCCUCUCCCGUGAUAUAACGCGGGGUUACACGGUAACCCCGCAUCAUAUCACGGCGGGCCCAGCGUCAUAGUGAAGCCGGGACCCGUCGCUAAUAGCGCGCGGCACUGAACGCGGUGCCGCGCUAUUAACCCUUUAGCCGCGCACUCAAAGCUGAGCCGCGCGGCUAAAAGUGAAAGUAAAAUGUGCCGGUUAGCUCAGGGAGCUGUUCGAGAUCGCUGCGGUAUAAUAGUGGCAUCCCGAACAGCUGUACUUCAGGAGGAAGGUCUCUUACCUUCUCCUGCACUGUCCGAUCGCCGAAUGAAUGCUUCAAGCCUGAGAUUCAGGCUUGAGCAUUCAAUCGCCGAAAACACUGAUUGAUGCAUUCCUAUGGAGAUGCAUCAAUCAGUGGUAAAGAGCAGUACAUAUAGCCCCCCCCUGGGGGCUAUAAUAUUGCAUAAGAAAAGUGUAAAAAAAUCAUUAAGCCUUUCAAUGAUCCCUUCCCCUAAUAAAAGUUUGAAUCACCCGGCAUUUCCAAGAAUAAAAAAAAACAGUUUAAAUAAAAAUAAACAUAUGUGGUAUCGCCGCGUGCGGAAAUGUCCGAAUUAUAAAACUAUACCGCUUUUUAAACCGCACGUUCAAUGGUGUAUGCGCAAAAAAAUUCCAAAGUCCAAAAUAGCGCAUUUUUGGUCACUUUUUAUAUCAUGAACAGAUGAAUAAAAAGCAAUCAAAAAGUCCGAUCAAUGCAAAAAUGGUACAGACAAAAACUUCAGAUCACAGCACAAAAAAUGAGCCCUCAUAGCCCCCUGAACAUGGAAAAAUAAAAAAGUUAUAGGGCUCAGAAAAUGACAAUUUUAAACGUAUAAAUUUUCCUGCAUGUAUUUAUGAUUUUUUUUCAGUAGUAAUACAAAAUCAAACCUAUACAAGUAGGGUAUCAUUUUAACCGUAUGGACCUACAGAAUAAAGAAAAGGUAUAAUUUUUUAUGAAAAAUUUACUACGUGGAAACAGAAGCCCCCAAAAGUUACAAAAUGGCAUUUUUUUUCAAUUUUGUCGCACAAUGAUUUUUUUUCUGUUUCGCCGUAGAUUUUUGGGUACAAUGACUGAUGUCAUUACAAAGUAGAAUUGGUGGUACAAAAAAUACGCCAUAAUACAGAUUUUUAGGUGCAAAAUUGAAAGAGUUAUGAUUUUUUAAAGGUAAGGAGGAAAAAACUAAAGUGCAAAAAAUGAAAAACGCCUGGUCCUUAAGGGGUUAAGGGUGCGUUCAAACGCUAUUACUAGCAGCGGGUUGCCCGCUGUGGGAAUCCCGCUGUGAGAUACGCAACCAUUGAUUUAAAUGGGUCCACAGAUUCAGGUCAGAUUUGCAGACUGUCCACGGACCCAUUCAAAUGAAUGGUAGCGUAAUACGCAGCGGGUUUCCUGCAGCGGGAAACCCGUUGCUAGUUACUAGCGUGUUAAAAUGGUUAAAACUAUGUCUUUUAAAAAAAAUGAAAUAAAAGAAAGAGUGGAUUAUAGCCUAUGCAGCUUUGCAUAUACUGUUAAAAAGCAAAGGAUAUGAAGUCAAGGUUUACCACCUCUGUCCCGUUUUCUCUUACCACUUAUUCUGGUGCAUCUUUCCUCUAGGAUGAGAAUUACAUGCAGUAUGUUUAUUCAUAAAGAAAAUCUAGCAUCAUGUUAUUUGUACAGAUCAUAAAAUGUAUAAUUUUUUUAAAAGGUAUCAAUGUUGCUCUAAUUCACAUACAAGGCACUUUAUAAUAAAUGUAGCAACUUUUUCACUGUGAUGUCCCCCAUACUUUAAUGACAAUUGGGGAGAUUUAUCAAAACCUUAGAAAUUAUAAUAAAGCUACAUUUAUAUCCUGUGGGUGCAAAUUAUCUCUGAGCUGCGAGUUGCAUGGGCGGAGCUUGACCUUAAAGCUCCCAUUGACUUAAAAGGCAGUUUCAGCAUGUGUCCACAUGGUAAAGAAGUGACAUGUCACUUAUUUUCUGAGCAGUUACCUGUCAAACAUUAACAUAAGUAAGACAAUUUCCCAUGAUAGAAACAUGAACCUCUAAAUAAAUCAUGUAGCAGGAGAAACCUGUGCAGAGGAAAAGUUGACCAGUUGCCCAUAGCAACCAAUCAGAUCGCUUUUUUUGUUUUUAAAAGGUCCUUUGAAAAAUCAAAGAAGCGAUCUGAUUGGUUGCUAUGGGCAGCUGGCCAACUUUUCCUCUAUGCAGGUUUUGAUAAAUCUCCCCCAUAGCUACCAAAUAUCACCAUACAUUUUACAAUCAUACUGUUAUUGACCAAAUCCUGUAUGCUGACCAAUAAUACCAAUAAUACUAGUACAAAAGGAGGAAUAUUAUCUCCAUACAUCACACUAUUAUACUUUUACUGACCAAAUCCUGUAUAAUGAGACCAAUAAUACCAGCAUACAGGGAGGAAUAUUAUCACCUUACUUAUUACCAUCAUACUGUUACCGACCAAAUCCUGUAUACUGAGGCCAAUAAUUCCAAUAAUACCAGUAUACAGGAAGGAAUGUUCUCACCAUACAUAUUCCCAUCAUACUCCCAUCUAUUAUACAUACACACAUCAUACAUCCAUCAUACAUGCAUACAUCAUACACAUACCACAUCAAACCUACAUAUGAACAUAACACUUACAUAUAUAUUGCACUUAUGUGUGAUAAUACACAAAAUUGAUCACAGUCUAUACUGAUCCAAAGAGUUAAUCUCAAUUCAAAAAUUAUGUGGCACUGACUACAAGGUUGAGACACUUAAACUUUGUUUUUAAUUACAUUCUUUAAAAUGAUAUAUCAAAAAAGUGCAAAAAAUGGUUAUAUUCAUUAUUACUUACUUCUGUAUUCAGCCGCCAUCUUGAUAGCCACAAUAUCUAGUAGUUCCCUGUUCACACUCCCCAUAUAUGCACUAUUGCCCAGGCUUGAUCCAUUUUUCAAGACCAAUGUCCCAAAAUUGUCAUGUGUAUUGUCUCCAUAACCAAAAUCCUUGCCAUAGAUUCACGUGCAUCCAGGCCCGCUAGAAAUAUUUUUCUGUGCUGCAUGAAAUAAGCGAACAGCCUGUUAUUUAGUAGAGUUUAAUAGAGACUGUGAACAGAGCUUGCUUUAUGAAUGGGCCUAAAUACUGAAGCUUAUAUACAGUAUCAGUAAGAGUGAGCCUGGAUGCACGUGAAUCUAUGGCAAGAAUUUUGAGAGCUACUAGAUAUUGAUGGCGGCUGAAUACAGAAGUAUGUAAUAAUGAAUAUAACAAUUUUUUGCACUUUUCCCUUUUUUGAUAUGAGUUUUUGGAUAUAUGAUUUUAAAGAAUGUUAUUAAAAGCUAAGUUUUAGAGUCUUAACCUUGUAGUCAGUGCCACAUCAUACAUGCAUACGCACAUCAUACAUACACAUACCCAUCUAUCAUACAUACAUCAUACACACAUCAUACAUACAUGCGCAUCAUACAUAAAUCCAUUUAAAAUACAUUCCCCCCCAUCCUUGAUCUCCUCACCGUCCUUACAUGCAGCCACCAUCAGCGUUGAAUCCAAAUCACCGUUGUGGCCUGCUGCUGAUGAGGUGCUGGGGAUGCACAGAGGCAGCACUCACAACGUGCUGACUCCUCUCCAGCCUCCAUGUCUUCACCCCUCCAGCGAGGUAUGGCCACUCGACAGUUGAAGCUGUAAGCAGGGACAUCUCAGGGCCACACAGGCAGUGCUCCUGCAGAAUGAUGAGGGGGAGGGGGGGUUCGACUGGCUUGGGUGGCAGAGGUUACCAUUAGUGGAGCACUGCCUGCCACACUCUUCCAGUUUGAUGAGGAGGGGUGGGAGUGGUGUUUGCUUUGAAGAUGCUGUCAGUGGAGCGCUGCAUGACGACGGGGGUGCUCUGCGUGCUGCCUACAACAUAAGAAGCAGCGGGGGAAGAGAUGGGGGCGCUAUCAGUUGGCACUAUGGGCUGCGGGAGGCCAGCGGUUUGCACGUUGGAUCGCUUAGUGUACUGCCAGUGUGACAGGGGCGGGAGAGUAAUGCUGAUGUGAAUCGCUCGGUGAGGCGAAUUGCUCACUGAAUGAAGCUGUAGUUUGCUGACACCGGCGGAAGAGCACCCCCCACGAAAGUGCACUAUAGGGAGAACCAGCCCUGCAUGAGGCCUUUGAUUUUCAUUCACUUUGUGUAACUAAAGUACCCUUAGUAUAUCCAGGAACUUGAACUCUAUAUUAUUGUCAUGUACUGUGCCAGUGAAAUCUUUUGCUCCCUGUUAUCUGCCUUUUCAGGCUUGAGAAAAGCUGUCUGCCUCGUUCUUCUUUGGGAUGGCUUACAGAAGUUCCAGAAAACACCAUCAACGCUACUUUAUGUCAUAUGUCCACUACUCAUUUGCCAUCACUUUAUUCUUUACUUCUAGAAGAUAUAGGUCAUAGUCAUGGAAUCAUAGUUACAUGGCGUUAGCUGUUCUAAGACAUUGAUCACCAGGUUUUCAUCCUCUUGAAGGAAGCAGUAAAAGUUCCUACUCAGUGACUCAGCCAGGCGCCUCUCUCCCCAUCUCCAUUUUUGCUGCAGGAGAUGGAUUCUAUAGAAAGUAUGGAGAGAGAUGGGGAGAGAAGCGCUAAGCUAAGCGCUCUUUUUAGCAGUCAGUGAAGGUCUUAGCACCCAGACUCCUUAUCUAUAUGACAUUUCAAAAGUUGUUUUUUUUAUGCACAAAUUAUGUUAGAGAAGUAUAUUAUAUUAGCUUAUUACACGAUGAGUUAAUGUAAUUGAUGAAAUAAAUAUGCAUUUAGUGGCCAAAAAUCAUCAGCACCUUCUAUGUGUAAAAAAAAGGUAUAUGUCCUGUUUCAUUAAUUUGUG